AACACGCUUCAUAUCUUUUGUUCUGACACUCGUUUGCGGCCGUCAAUGAUGCCAAUUCAAUGGCACAUCUGCUCCAAGAAAUCGAAAGCUACAAUGAAUCUGGCCGCACAACGCCGGUCAACGGUCUCAGAAGCAAAUUCAAGGAGCCGACCGAACCCAACGUUCUUGAGGUAGUUCUCGGUUCGUGGUGGAUCAAGCCCUGGUACCCUUCGUUCUACCCAGAGGAGCUAGUAGGAAAGACAUGCGAGCGCCUUUACGUUUGUAAAUGGUGCUUCAAGUAUACGCGGGAUGCCGUGCAGGAGUAUCUAAGGCAUAUGAAAACGUGCGAAUACAGAGACAUAAACACGGCGCUCGGCGCGCCCAUCUACAGACAGCCUACGUACACGCUCCACGCACUUGAUGGCGAGGAGCACAGGCUCUUCGCCCAGAACCUCUCCCUGUUCGCAAAGCUCUUCCUCGAUUCCAAAUCCGUCAUGUACGACGUGACCACCUUCAACUUUUACGUCCUGGUCUUGCACGAACCCUCGGCCGCCGAGCCUCAAAUCGUAGGCUUUUUCAGCAAAGAGAAGCUUAGCUGGGACAGCAAUAACCUCGCAUGCAUCCUCGUCUUUCCCCCGUGGCAGAAGCGAGGUUUUGGCCAGGUGCUAAUGGGCGUGAGUUACUAUCUCGGUCGGCGAGAGGGACGGCUGGGCGGGCCCGAGAAGCCACUGAGCGAGCUGGGAAGGAGGGCGUACGUGCAGUACUGGGCGGGAGUGAUAUGUCGGCACGUCCUUUCUCUGCCAAAAAACAAACCUGUUUCCGUGCAGGACAUAACGGAAAGCACGUACAUCGUUGCUGAGGACGUGAUCAGCACUCUAAAAGAGAUGGGCGUACUAGAACGUCGGAACAGCAUCGGUACAGGAAAGAAGAAGACGUCUGGAGCCGUGAUCAACAAGUCCAAGAUUAAGGAAUGGAUGGCCAAGCACAGGGUCAACAAUAAGAGUCCUGUCGUGGAAACUGCCUUUGAUCUGCCAGAACUUAGCGACGAGGAUGAGAUGGAAGAAAGCGAAUAGAUCAGUGAGUUGCGUGAAACAUUGUGGGAGAGGCGCGAGAGGAUUUUUCGAAUGUGAUAUGAUACCCAUAGUUUAGAUAAGGAGCUUUGUACAGUGUGCUCCUCGAGAAAUAAUUGUCUAAGGUUUCAUUCAAAAGAAAAUCGAGUCAAGAGAAAGUCGUUGUUUUUUGGUAUCACAAGGAGAAUACACAAGCCAAC